AUGCCAUCUGAGUUUCCGGUAUUUGCAAGAGAGGAAGAACAAGGAAGUCAAUCGUCGAAGGUUUCGAUGAAAACUAGGGAUCAAAGCAAUGAAUAUUUACAAUCACAUUUGCAAUUUGCUGAAGAAACUCAACCAGCAUCAAGCAAUGAUAGUGUAUCCUACAAUGAUUCUGUGAUUGACGAAUGCCAUUUUAUGUCUUUUGAGGAAUGGAAGAAGCACAAGAUUGGUUCAUUAAACAACGGCUCUAGAAAACUUCAAAACAAUAGCAAAACAACAGGGCAAGCCAAGAAAGGAAAGUUAUUGUCAUUAGCAUCUGCAUCGGUAUCUGCAUCAGGAUCUUCAUCAAAAUCGAUAUUGCCUUUAUCAUCAUCUUCACAAUUAUCAGCAUCAGCAGCAUCUCUGGGUCUGUCAGCGUCAGCAUCCUCUUUAUCCUACUCCUCCUUAUCGUCAUCAUCUUUAUCGUCAAAAAAAUCCUCGGCGGAAUCUGUUGAUACGCCAAAGGAAGAGAAACCACUCAACGGCAAGGUCUAUAAAGACAAAUUCAAUUUUGCUUCGAUUGAUUGCGGAGCUACUGUUGUAGAAACAAAUGCGCAAGCAAAAGGAGCCUCGGCAAUCUUGAAAGAAAACAAGGAUACAUAUCUUCUCAAUGAGUGUUCUGUCUCUAACCAAUAUGUCAUUAUUGAACUUUGCCAGGAUAUCCUAGUGGGCCAAGUGGCUCUUGCCAAUUACGAGUUUUUUUCUUCAAUGUUUCGAGAUGUGAAAAUCAGCGUUAGCGAUAGGUUCCCAGCAUCAAGCUGGAAAGUAAUUGGAAACUACAUGGCACUGAACACUCGUGAAUUGCACGUUUUCAACAUCAAGAACCCUCUUAUCUGGGCCAGGUAUUUAAAAGUGGAGAUCACAAGCCACUAUGGGAACGAGUUCUACUGUCCCAUCUCGUUGAUUAGAGUACAUGGCAAAACCAUGAUUGAUGAGUUAAAGGAAGAUGAGGAAAACAACAAACAAGGCCAUGAAUUUGUAGUCGAAGAACUGGAAGAAGUUCUUGAGGAAACUUUGACCACCAAGCCUUCUUCUGUAGGUCGUGAUGAUAACGACUCAUUGCUUCCAAAUGAAAGUUACGACGAAUGUAGAGUCAUCCUUCCACACCUUCGACUUAACGAGUUUUUAAAAGAUUUCAAUGCAUCAGACUCGGAUACAAAUCUUUUAUGCUUGCCCACAGAUAUGGCUAGUGGUGCCACUGGUUCGUCAGUCUCCCUUCCAAUUAGUACUGCUCAUACAUCGAGUAUUACAACGACCCAAGAUUCGAUAUACAAGAACUUUAUGAAACGAUUAUCUUUAUUGGAGUCAAAUGCUACAUUGUCCCUACUAUACAUCGAAGAGCAGCUGAAAUUGCUCAGCACCGCAUUCUCAAAUCUAGAGAGGCGACAGAAUAAAAAAUUCAACCAGCUAGUAACAUCGGUGAAUGCGACAUUGAUGCACCAACUAAUCUCAUUCAAGGACUCGUAUGACCUAUUGCAUCGACAGUAUAGAGAUGUUCUCAAAACACAAGCACAAUCCUAUAAGCAACACCUCGUUGAUACAACGAGAGAGUUUGAGCAGUUUAAGGAGGAACUAACUUUCCAAAGACGAAUUGUCAUUUUCAAUAGUUUGCUCAUCAUUUUCUUGUUGACAUACUUGGUGCUAACACGUGAUGUGGAUUUUGACGUUCAACAACAAAAAAAUGUCCAUCUGGUUAAUCAUGAGCCAGCAUCAAUAUCAGAUACAAUUGUUGUUCCUUCUAGUACAAACCAUAGAUCACGCAAUUCAAGUUUGCAUAAAAAUGGGAAAACAACCACAUGA